UUGCCCACCUCUGCUCUAGGAGGAUCUGGACAUUCAGUCACUUUUGUUUAUUUGAAAUAGUAUUUAAACUAUCAAGGUUCCAACUACUGGAGCUGCACCCGGUACCUGUUACACAGGGAGUCCAGAUGCUAUUGGAUGCCAUAGAUAACAUGUCAGUCCAGUUCUAUUCUGGAAGGUUAUUUGGGACACAGGAGAGUCUGUGGCUGAGUUCCUAGUUAGAAUCUUUAGUUUUGAUUGGAGUGUCUGAUGCCCUUUCUCCACUGGGUCCCAAUCCUGCCGUGAAACAGCCACUCCAGCCCUGCUGCUGGACGCUUAUGUCCUCAAGUUUUCACACACAGACCUUCAUCCGCUUGCUUUCUUCUCCUUUGCUUGCCCUUGGUGCUGUCUUCUGUAGGAAGCCCUGCUGCAAUUUGGGGUAUAAUGCAGAUUUUAAUGGUGGUGGAAAGACAAACAGCAUUUACUGCUUUGCCCAGGAAAAUAGAAGGAACAUUUGUAAAGGAACUAGAAACCCUCCAUUCUCCAGGGUUCAUGCGUGUUGCAAGGUUGGCCUAACCUAAGUGUCUCUAUUGGGCUCCCUUUGAAUUCCAGAUCCUCCUCACUGGGGGUGGGGUGUGCUGGGGAGAGGUUUUUGAUGGGUUCCAGCCUGAGAGGCUGAUGAUGCCAAGCUUGUGACAAAGGCCUUUGCCCUGGGGAGCUGAGCCAGGGAGAUGGCCAGGAUUGGAGAGAGCUGUAGGGGUCCUGAGACCAGCUAGCACCAAAAAGGGGCAAAGCCCAAACAGAGCAAGAGACCAAUUAAGUGGAGCUGGUGCUGGGGUUACUCAGCUGUCAAUGUCUGGGGGGGUUCAGAGCACUUCCCUGCAGAUGGGGAUCUGGCACCGGGGUAUUUGGAAGUUGUUCUGCUCGUCCCAGCUCUUGCUGGUUGGAUCGUUAGCGGUUCCUACAGGAACAGACCCUGGCAGCGGGCAUGGGUCACUGCAUGUGUAGUGGACAGCAAUCUACAGAUCGAAUAAGUUAGGGGGAGAUUUUCAAAGGCACAAAGGGCAGUUAGGUGCCCAACUCCCACUCACUGCCCCAGGAAGUUGGGUGCUUAAUUCUCCCUUGUGCCUUUGAGAAAAAUGCCCCCCUCAGUGCUUGUCUACCCAAGAAAAUUGACCAACACAGCUAAAGCGGAGUAAGUGUUAUUCCUGUCAUUCAUAACUAUUCUGCUAUAGCUCUGCCGAUCAAUUUCCACGGCUAGACAAGCUGUUAGAGAAUUAUUUUCUGAAUAAUAGAUGAAGGUGAUAAACCAUGAGGUUGGCUGAGGCCUCUAGUACAAAGGCCCUGUCUGUUCCAAAUGGGCAUCAAAGGUCACAGGCACCUUUCAUUAGAGGAAAGGUUUCCCCCAGCCUCUUUGGAACACAGAAUGGACCGCAUUUCUGUGACCCCUGCAAGAGCUGCAUAGGAGAAGGUUCUCACACAAAUAAUGCUUUCAGUGGUCUCAGUCAAGUCACUGAUUACUCUAACCCAGGGCAUGGCCAUGCUACCUCUUGUGAGGCUCCUUAUUCUACCCACCUGGUAAACAGCAUUUACUCUUCAUUAUUUAUUUGUGUUCUAGCCUCCACAGACCCCCAUGGUGACCAGGGCCCCGUUGUGCUAGGCACGAUACAAACAUGUGGGAGGACAUGUGCAAUUUGAAAUUCCUCAUCUGCUGGUUGGUGAUUGAUCAUUCCUGUUCUCUCCCUCGCACAGUGUUAGCUCUGGGCGCAGACUGGUGCAGAGCCUGCAUUAGGAUCAGGAAGGACUAACAUGGAAGCUUUUACCUUGAACUAGGAGUUGCUCUACCUCAAACUGCAAUCUACCUCGCCCCAGGGUCAGCUGAAGAUGAGAGUCUGGAAGGCUGUGGCUACCACGCUAGCGUUCGUCGGCGUGGACGUGCUGGUGACCACACUGCUGUACGCGCACAGCCAUAGCGGCAAGGACAUUGUCCAGGAUCUGAAGCACUUCAACGUCUUUAAUUCCAUGUUGGACGUGUGGGGGGCAUGUCUGUACAGGAGCUGCUUGCUGCUUGGCGCUGCCAUUGGGGUUGCCAAGAACUCGACCUCUGGCCCCAAGCGCCUGAAAGCAUCCCAGACCUUUAUCACCUCGGUCUGCCUGCUGGUGGGCAUUUAUGCCCUGGUCAAACUGCUGCUCUACUCGGAGGUCAGGAAGAUCAUUAGGGACCCCUGGUUUUGGAGUUUGUUUGCAUGGACGUAUGUGUCGCUGGCUGCAACUUUCUGCUUGUGGCAGCUGCUGUCUUCCGUGACGUCCUCCAGAGAGGCCUUGGGGGUCAGUUCGGAGUCCCAGGCGGAAGCAGAGGAGAUAUGUGACCCCAGCCCUGUUCCUGCGUCAAGAGCCACUAUCCAUAAGCUGCUGUCUUACACCAAACCAGAUGCUCUCUUCCUCGGAAUAGCCACUUUCUUCCUCCUGGUUGCUGCUUUGGGGGAAACAUUCCUUCCUUAUUACACUGGCUUGGCGAUUGAUGGCAUAGUCAUCCAAAAAAGCAUGGAUCAGUUUUCCACUGCAGUGGUGAUUAUGUCGCUUCUUGCUAUAGGAAGCUCAUUUGCCGCAGGUAUCCGGGGUGGCGUUUUUACGCUCAUAUUUGCCAGGCUGAAUAUUCGACUCCGCAACUGCCUCUUCAAGUCGCUGGUCGCUCAGGAGACAAGUUUCUUUGAUGAGAAUCGCACAGGGGACAUCAUCUCCCGGCUGACCUCGGACACAACGAUUGUGAGCGACCUAGUUUCCCAGAACAUUAACAUCUUCCUGCGCAACGUAGUGAAGGCGACGGGCGUGAUUGUCUUCAUGUUCAGCCUUUCCUGGCAGCUCUCUCUGGUGACCUUCAUGGGCUUCCCCAUCAUCAUGCUGGUGUCUGACCUCUACGGGAAAUAUUACAAGAAGCUCUCCAAGGAGGUUCAGGAUGCUUUGGCGAAGGCCAACAACACAGCAGAAGAAACCAUUUCGGCCAUGAAGACUGUGCGCAGCUUUGCAAGUGAGGACAUGGAAGCAAAUGUCUAUUGGGAAAAACUGCGGCAAGUGUACAAACUGAACAAAAAGGAAGCCCUGGCCUAUACGUACUAUGUGUGGUCCAGUGGGCUGACUCUUCUUGUGGUGCAAGUCAGUAUCCUUUACUAUGGUGGCCAUCUGGUGAUCUCUGGGCAAAUGACCAGCGGAAACCUGAUAUCUUUUAUUAUCUAUGAAUUUGUCUUGGGAGAUUGCAUGGAGUCUGUUGGUUCCGUCUACAGCGGAUUAAUGCAGGGAGUAGGAGCUGCUGAGAAAGUGUUUGAGUUUAUAGAUCGCAAGCCGACGAUGGUGAACGAUGGAACCCUGGCACCAGACCAUGUGGAGGGUAAAGUGGAGUUCAGAAAUGUUACUUUUUCCUAUGCUACCCGGUCUGCAACACAGGUCCUACAGAAUGUGUCCUUCACCCUCUAUCCUGGCAAAGUGACUGCGCUCGUGGGUCCUUCGGGCAGUGGGAAGAGCUCCUGCGUCAAUAUUCUGGAGAAUUUCUACCCUCUACAAGAUGGGCAGGUCCUGCUGGACGGGCAGCCUAUUAACAUGUAUGAUCACAAGUACCUGCACUCAGUGAUCUCUUUAGUGAGCCAAGAGCCAGUGCUGUUUGCUCGAGCUAUUGCGGAAAAUAUUUCAUACGGUUUAACUUCAGUCUCGUUCGAGUCUGUAGUCCAAGCUGCUCAGAAGGCCAAUGCCCAUGCGUUUAUCACAGAGUUGCAAGAUGGCUACAAGACAGAAGCUGGUGAAAAAGGAGCCCAGCUGUCUGGUGGCCAGAAGCAGAGAGUGGCUAUUGCAAGGGCUUUGAUCCGAGCCCCCCCAAUCCUAAUCCUAGAUGAAGCCACAAGUGCCCUGGAUGCAGAGAGUGAACACACGAUUCAGCAAGCAAUUUAUGGUGACUUGCAGAACCACACUGUGCUUGUCAUAGCCCACAGGCUGAGCACUGUCGAGAAGGCACACAACAUCAUUGUUUUAGACAAAGGCCGAGUAGUGCAGCAAGGAACGCACAAGGAGCUCAUGGAAGAAGGCGGCCUUUAUUCUAAGCUGGUGCAGAGACAGAUCCUCGGGCUCGAAACUGGCACAGGGGACGGCUGUCAUCUGGAGACUAGCUUAGCUGCUGCCAGUGGAGAUUCGAUGAAGCCGCCGGGAGGAUUGGAUGAAGAGUUCAGGGUGUGACAUGCUCUCUCUGGAUUGAGACAGGAUGGUUACAAUCCUGUAGCUCACAAGUGAGAGAGCACCAAGGAUUCCUUGAAAGAUCCUUGUUGGGAUGCUGAAACAGGAGUCCACCGUAGUCCAGACUUGGACACAUUACUGUAGAACAAGGCCUGUUUACUAGUCACGCACACUAAGCUUCCAGUAGGCAGACUAGUAAAACAGGGAAGCAAUGGGCCCAGUUUAUUAAGGGGAGUUGGAUCUUUAGCAGUUCCCAGUAUUUCUACUGGGUUUCUUUUCUUAGAGUCAGCAAUUCCCAAGGCAGUUGAUGGGGUCUGUUCUCCCACUGAUAUGUCUGUUUAACUGCUGUUAAUUGUAAUGGGUGUUAUACACAUGCAUGGAGGGGAAGAAUGAAACCCCUUAAGGAACUUCAGGAGGUGGUUUUGUGAAUUGGUAGGAAGACAUUGAACAUAAAGUAAGAUCUUGAUCCUGCAGUCACUCUGUGGUGCCAAUCCCAUACUCAGUGAAGUCAAUGGAAAGACUCCCAUUGGCUUCAAUGGAAGCUGGAUCAGCCCCAAAGUGCAAAACUCUUAUUCAAAUCUAUGAGAAUUCUGCACAGAGUGUCUGCAGGUUCAUGCUCCUGUCUAAAACAUUACCAUGCAGAGCUUUUAUUAGCUUCAUUGCAGUGAGCCAGGGGCCCACCGGCAGAUCCUGCCUUCUGAAUCGCUGAUGGAGUCUGGUGAUUUUUUUGUUUUUAAAGGAUGUAAAGUUUUACCAUAGCUUGGUUAAUUUUUUUAAAUGGCUCUAUUUCUAUGGGCACCAGCCAGGUUUCUGUCUGGCUCCAUCGUCCAUUGAAAGCCAGUCAGUCUUAUUUCAAAAUGUGCUUGUUUUUAAAUUCACAAUUUCAGUGCCCAGGUUGAGAAAUAUUACCUAAAACCAGGCGUAAAAUAUAAAUAAUGGCACUUUAUAAACCCUACCCAGGCCCCAUUCAGCUGUGGGCUAUGCUAGCAAUGUCAGUGCAUGAGAAAUCCAUACAGCCGCAUUCCUUGAAAUCUAACUCCGACUGCCUGAAUUCCACAUUUAGUUCUUUGAUGUUUUUUUAAAUUAUUUAUUUAUUAGUAGGAGGGCAGAAAGAAAAAUACCAUUUCUAACUGCAUACAACACUGGUGGAGCUGGCCCAAUCUUACUACCACUCCAUAAAGACUGGCAGGAACAUUUAUGCAGCCCGCAAGGUGCGAUUUUAAAAAUAGCAUUAAUUGUAUCUCAUACAGGGAAGAUUGAUUCAGGUUGCGCAGUUGUUUAAUAACCUCAAGCACUUUAGCUCUCGAGUUAAUUACUUUCCAGGGUUUGGCUGCUGCUCUGUAAUACUUUGCGGCAGCUUUCUUGUUUGCAAUGUUGUUGUUUUUUAUUUUUAAAGUGACGUUUUACAAACUGUUUAGUGUCCUCAAAGGGGAUACUUUAAAAAUAAAGUACUACCUCUGCCAUUCAACUUUA